CGGCGGCACGCACACUCGGAGGCACGCAGCACAACACCAUGGUCUCAUGGAUCAUCUCUAGACUGGUUGUGCUCAUUUUUGGCACAUUGUAUCCUGCCUACUCUUCUUAUAAAGCUGUGAAAUCCAAAGAUGUAAAGGAAUAUGUAAAAUGGAUGAUGUACUGGAUAAUAUUUGCACUUUUCACAACUGCAGAAACCUUCACAGAUAUUUUCCUUUGCUGGAUUCCAUUUUACUAUGAACUUAAAAUUGCCUUUGUGGUCUGGCUGCUAUCUCCGUACACAAAAGGUUCCAGUGUUCUCUACAGGAAGUUUGUUCAUCCUACUCUUUCAUCUAAAGAAAAGGAAAUAGAUGAGUACCUUUCUCAAGCAAAAGACAAAAGCUAUGAUGCCCUUGUACACUUUGGAAGGAGAGGCCUAAACGUAGCAGCUACAGCAGCUGUAACAGCUGCUGCAAAGGUUUCUCACCUUCUUGAUAUGAUCAAGUGCUGGGAAGCUUUGGAAGAGAAGGGUCAGGGUGCACUAUCUGAAAGGCUACGGAGCUUCAGCAUGCAAGAUUUAUCAGCUAUUCAGAGAGAUGGGACUGUUCAAGGCGCAGCUCCUUCACGGACACCUACUGCACAGCCCAGAUCCAGAAUCAUAUUAAGGAGCAACUCAGAAGCUGCUGCAGGGGAGGAAGUAGACAUCAGAGACAAUGAGGUGCUGUAUACUGAUCUGUGUGACAAGACAAAGUGCACCACUCCUUCAGAAGAUGCCUGUUGUGAUGAUGUAAUGGAAAUUAAGCCUAAAGCCAGAUCACAAAAGAGAAGGGCUCCAGAGCCUCCUCCUAGAGUUCUUAGGCCUCGUAUCAAAGCAAGGAGUAUCUCGUCUUCAAACAGUGACACCAUGUGACUGCAAGAGGAUGUUGGGGCGCUGCCAUCAGAAUUCCACAUCAAGAUUGCUUCACUGCCUUAAUGAGAAUACAGUCAACUUACAGAAAGAGAACAGAAACAAUCCGUACAAGGCAUUAUGAUGUUGAUCCUACCAAAGGCAGCAGAGUUUUCCUUUCAUGACUUUUUGAUUGGGUUUGUCUUUUAAUUAAUUUAUUAUUUUUUAUUUUAUGGUGCUGUUUUCCAUUUUGAAAGGAAUGAUAGAAAAGUUGAGAAUUUGUACACACAACUGUUUGGGCAAUUGAUUAUUACAGAAUUGCCUGAAUUAAAACAAUCAAGUUAACUUCGGCACUUCUCAUGGUAAACAGUACAUUUAAAGAUGCGUCAGCCCCCUGAUUGGCAUGGUUAUUUUCACAUUUGGAGUUGCUUGUAGGGGUCAAUUUAUGUUAUCUGUUUUGCAGGCAGGGUCAUGUGUCCUAGAAGUGGUACUGGUGUUUUCGUCAUAAUUUCUAAUUGUUUACAAAUACAGAAUCUUACUGCACACAUAAUAAAUCUACUCUUUAAAUUUUUGCAACAGGUCCGUUUUCCAAUGUAGGCUUACAACAAAGGAAAUUUUGAGAGAUGAAUGGGGAGCAUCAAGUAAAUGUUUUAAAAUCAGUCUCAUUUGCUGCCUUCCUGAGUUGGUGAAAAAUAAUAGGAAAAUAUAGUUUGUAUUAUCAUUAUUAUGCAAGUAUGUAUGUUACCAUCAAGAUUACCAACUGGCUCCUAAUGAACUCAUACAAUGAAAUAAUGUUAUAAUGAGCAGUAGUAAGUACCGGAGUUUUUGAAGAAAUAAUGUAUACUAACUACAGUAUACCCAUCCAUCCAUCCAUCCAUUUUUCUCUACUUUUCUUUUUGUGCAGGGGCAUGGGGUAACCACAUUCUUAAGAUUUAAGUGAAUAAAUGCUGUGCACUAGUCUUAAUAGCUUUUUGAAACAAGUGAAAUGAAAAGGGGAUUCACAUCUUUGUAUAAUGCAGUCCAAUUUCUCAAAAAGACAUAAGUUCCAUUUUCUGCAUCCACUUUUUGUCCAUUGCAGAGACUAAACAGAAACUACUGUACACAGAGAGACAUAGUACAGUUUAAAUACAGCUAAGCUAUGCAUUUUAACAAGAAAAACUACUACUUUGCAGCUCAUCUACAAAUAAGUUAGGGAUAUAUUGGUAUAUGAAAUAAAAGCAGUCAAGGAACACUUUUUUAUAAUUGGACAUUUAAUCAAACUACAAUAUUUCAUUUGUUCCAUGUUUCUAGACAUGCUAGUUAUGGUUUGAUUGAAAGUUAAACCAUUAGUUGAGUGAUUGUUCUUUUACUUCCCACUUUUUAUAGUGAGCACUGUUAUAAAGGUGUUUACAAAAAAUAUAACCGUACGUUUUUAGGCAACUGACAAAAAGGAAGCUGUGUACCUAACUGAACCACUCAGUGCUUUCCUGGAGUGUGGAUCAGGGUUUGAACAACUAAUCAACUGAACUGUUGACAGCAAACAUGGCCAAGUUAACAGAACCAGAAAGUAAUGCUAGCCAAAUAUGUGCCUUUCUAUCACCUAAUUUUUUUGGGAAAUCAAUGUUUCCUUAACCGGUUUCCCCAGCAAGUGUUAGGAGGCCUACAGACAAAAAAAA